AUGUCCGAGGCGGGACCGCCCGGUUCGUCAGGCGAAUCCGGUAAGGGCGAGGGCUCUGCAUCGGGUGACACCCAAGCAUUAGGUGGCGUCGAUUUGGCCACCGCCGCCGAGCGUUUGAGUUUAAUACAACAGAUGUAUCAACAAAAGCAACAAGAGCUCCUCAACUCGUAUGAGCAAGCAAAGAGGGCGAUCGCCGCUCAACAAUUCCAGGCUUACUACCAGCAACUCCUCGCUGCCGCUUCAGCCGGCCAACAACCUCGACAGGAGCGAAUGGAUGAGUCUGAGGGGCCAGCAAUACCAAUUCAAUUGACUUCAUCGAUGACUUCAUUGUUGGGCAGCCCUGGAUCACAAUCUGUCCCACAAACGCCGACCACUUCAAAAGAUCCUAAAGAGAACCCGUUAGCCGUGCACAAUCGAAAUGUUAAAAAUGACAUUCGACAAACGCUUGGCGGCUCACAAACAAUUUCACAACACACAAAAGAUCGUUUAAAGAACAUGAUUGCAAAUCGACGAGCUGGGGAUAGUAAUCCAAAUCUUGUCAAUGGGCCUGUGUUGAAUGGCUCAACUGGCGCCUCAUCAUCGGGAAUUCCCACCUGGCCGAACAAUCCCCUUCCUCAACCACAACCAAUGAGUCCCCAAGUUGGCAAGUCGAACGUCUCCUCUCCUCACUUUGAACCGUAUCCUGUUCAAAGCACUCAUCACAACAACACCGCUCAUCUACCAGAAUAUCAAUUGAGGAAAGUGAACUCGGAGCCAAAUCUGAAGAUGAGAAUUCGAUCGAAAAUUCUGAGUAAAGGAAACAGUCCAAUCCAACAUUUGAACAACUCACCGAAUCAUCCAACCACAUUGCAACGAGCCGAUAGUGAUGUUGGCUCAACUUUGCCCAAAGUUGAGGAGUCAUUGCUGAACGCUGCAGCCGUUAGCCAAGCCUUUGUUCCCCAUAUGAUCCUCCCCAGUCCAAGUCUACCCAACUUGAAUCUAGCAGCGGGAACCCUUGGUGGGCCGGGCGGGAUCGAUAUGAGCUCUUUAUUGGCUCAGGCGGCUCAGCUGAACUCUUUCCUCUCAUUGCCAUCACUUCUCAAAACACAGCUAGCGAUGAGCGGUGGACAAAUGGGGAUCGUCACUGGACAGGGUGGACAAGCCGAUGAACAAGAUAGAGCAAAGCUCGACCCACGAGCAGCCGCAUUGGCCUCUCUGACUUCAGCUCAAUUGCCCAUUGGCGGCUAUCCAAGUCUUCUCAAGCAACAACUCAGGGAACUCGUGUUGAGACGUAAAUCCCUUGUGCGUGAAGAGCCAGAAGAGGCAGCUUUGAUGGAAGAUCACACACCGGCAUUGCUUAAGACGGCCUCGGUGGAAACAGUUGAGGCGAGGGAAGAUCGACCGGCUACAGGAUUAGCCUAUGAUGGAGCAAUGUCUCGACAUGAGUGCGUUUGUGGCCAGAGUGCUUCACACGUUGAACACGGAGGUCGAGUGACGAUGAUCUGGGAACGGUUGCAAAAUGUUGGGCUUGUGCAAAGAUGUGAACGUGUUCCGGCAAAGAAAGCUUCUCUUGAAGCCUUGCGAGCUGUCCAUUCAGCCACCUAUGUAACUUUCUUUGCCGUCUCACCAACAGCUUGCCUCAAAAUGGAACCCAGCGAGCUGCCAUUACGGAGUUUUGUUCAAUUGCCUUGCGGUGGAAUUGGAGUCGACUCGGAUACAUAUUUCAAUGAUGCGAGCACACAAAAUGCUGCUCGAACAGCGGCUGGAUCGUUGAUCGAAUUGGCUACACAGGUAGCAGAAGGGAAACUUCGAAAUGGUUUUGCUUGCAUUCGACCACCGGGACACCACGCUGAAAAAGAUCAGGCUAUGGGCUUCUGUUUCUUCAACAAUGUAGCCGUGACGGUCCGCCAUUUGCAACAGAAAUUCCCGCAACGAUGCAAGCGGAUAGCGAUCGUUGAUUGGGAUGUUCAUCAUGGAAACGGAACUCAAUUGUGCUUUGAAUCGGAUCCCAGUGUUCUCUACAUUUCUAUGCAUCGACAUGACAAUGGGAAUUUCUUCCCGGGUACUGGUGCUGUCACGGAAGUAGGGAGUGGAGCAGGAAAGGGCUAUACAGUGAACAUUCCCUUCUCGGGUGCAGUGAUGAGAGAUGCCGACUAUUUGGCGGCUUGGCGAGUGAUCGUCGCUCCUGUUUUGAAUCACUAUGAACCGACUUUCAUUCUCGUCUCAGCUGGUUUUGACGCUUGUACAGGACAUCCAAAUGCACUUGGAGGAUAUGAGAUCUCAGCAGCGAUGUUUGGCUUCAUGACGCGGCAAUUGUUGCAAUACGCAGAUGGACGAUUGGUGUUGGCUUUAGAGGGAGGAUAUGAGAUGAAUGCUACAUCAGAUGCAGUUGAACAUUGUGUAAAGGUACUUCUGAGAAGCGAUGAAGAUGCAGGUCGUUUGAGCACUGAAGCACUUGAAGGGAUUCCUUGUUUGAAUGCUCAGGAAACGAUUCAAAAGGUGAUCGCCAUUCACAAGAAACACUGGCCAACUCUGACCGCGAUUCAAGGGAUCAACACGAGUGAGCUCCAAUGGCAGAAUCUCAGUCGAGAACUCCAGAAUAUGAGUAUGCAAAGC